AUGGUCGAGCUCAUCAACCCCCCCGAUCCUCGCUCGUUACUCCCUCCUCUCCUCGCUUGUCUCCCCACAGCCUUUGUCUCGCCACUACCGCCACCAGCUCUCCUACCACUCUUGUCCCCCAUUCUGCGCCAGCGCAUUCAGGUCCUCACCUCACUGUCAACCUCUCCCGGAGACUCCUGGCUACAGUUACUUUGUUGGGAUGCUGAAAAGGCGGAGCACCUCCAAAGGAUCGUGGAUGGCGCCGACUUCGAGCCACACCCUGUGUCGGGCGAGAUUGAGCUUCCGGAUGAGAUGCCCAUAAGCUACAAACGUAUCGAUGAAGAAACACUACGUGCGCAAAUUGUCUUGCCCGACUACAGCUUGACGGCAAUUUAUCUCUGGUGCCCGGAAGACGAACAGGGUGGGGGUCGCGGCUGGCGAGUGGCAGAACUCCUGCCCCGAGAAGGACCUGCGGAGGAUGAAAAAACAUGGGCUUUGUCGAUUGGGGAUGCGAAUUUUCAGGCCAAGGAUAAGCUCAUGACGGACGCGCUGGAAGCGGCCGAGCGCAAUGAGCAGCAGCCCGCAGAAGAUGGACAGCAGGACGAGGACGAUGAUGACGACUACUGGGCCCAAUAUGAUGCUACACCGGGUCGGACCCCGGGAGUAAAGACCCCAGCGUCUGCGGAUGCAUCGUCCAGUCUGCGACCGGCUGGUCCAUCCGAGUCAUCUUACUUCUCCCAAUACACCGGGGUGCAACCGGCCAUGGACAACCACGAUCCAGCCGAGGAGCAACCCGAGAUUGGUCCAUCGUCCCUGAAUGGAAAUAUAGUGACCAAUUUCUUGCGCCAGCAGCAGAUGAACGGGUCUAACGCCAGGGAAAUCUCACGAACUAAUGGGUAUGCCCCCGGCGAUGUGCCUAGCGAAGAGGCUGCCGCGGCCCUGAGCCACCCACGGCCGGCAUCUACAUCGUCGAAUAGCUCUGAUGCCGUUUCCAAAUUGGAGCAGGAAGCCGAGAGCCGGUCCACCUAUGAGGUGGGGGUGAAGCAACAUAUCGGCACCAGUCUCAAGAGUCUGUUCCGUUUGGCUAAGGCCACGGGCAUGUCUCGAACGGAAUUUCAGACCCUGGUGCAGACCGAGCUGGAACUGUUGAAUGUGACGGACGAUGAUUGA